AUGGUCUCUUCCGGCGGCGCUUGGUUCGGACGCAAGAAGGGCGCUGCGUCCACCGAAAGUCCGGCCCUGAUCACGUCCGAACAAAUCGACAAAAGCGAUGCAUAUGAGCCGCUGCCCUCCACGUGCGGCUCUCGAAAAGAUGAGCACUCAACAGCUGAGGUUCUCUCCGCCAAAGCGCGCGCCGCUGAAGCGGACGCGCUUCGAGAGCUGGCGGUCGGCGGCCUGCGCGAGGAGCUGGCGUCCGUGACCCGGGAGCUCGCGGAGGAGCGGCGCGAGAGCGCGCGAAAGACGGCGGAGACCGCGGACCUCCGAGAACAAGUUUCGGCGUUGACCAAGACGCUCCCGGAAGAGGAGCGUCAGAGUGCGAAGGAACUUGGGCGGGAGUUGGCGGAAGCGAAGCGGAACGGCGCGGAACAGGCGGCGCGCGUCGCGGAACUUGAGACCGAGCUGAGGCGCACGCACGAGGCGGGGGCGCGGUGCGGCGAGGAGCGCGAGCGGCUGAACUUCGCGCUCGCGUUCAACGCGCAAGUGGGCUCCGUUCCGCGCAGCGUCCUGGCGUCCGCUCCGGAGUCGCUGCUGUACAGAAUGUACUGCGGGGAUUGGGACUACGCGCGCGAUGAAGUGGGGCGCGCGCUCGUUACGUGCCACCCUGACCGGUGGAACGCCGUCCUGGAGCACCUGACGACCGGAGCUGUUCCGACGGAAUGGGAUCCGGCGCUCCUGGCGCAGGCGCGGCACUGGAACCUGAGCCGGUUGGUCGAAGGCCUCGAGGCGCUGAGUUUCGGUGUGGUUGUGACAAACGACCCGGAUCAAGAAGGAUUCAAAGCCCGGUGCACGUUCGUGUCUGUGACGAACCAGCUGAGCACCGGGGAGAAAACUGCGCGCGUCGAGUUCGCUACGGGCCAGGGGUGCUGGUUUGUUGUGGAAGUAGACCGGAGCGGCGUUGCUCUGGAUCCAGUGAAACCGCCUGGAAUGAAACAAAUGAAACACUCCCUGAUCUCCUCGUGCAAGUGGCGCGUUCUGCUGCGGACCGAGGACCUCGAGACGGACCAGGGAGUUGCGGGUUCCUCUGCGGACAUGCGGACGUCACGUGGGCUUUUCUGGAAUCAGCUGGGCUACACGGUCCACCAGCCGCUCACGGAGCCCUUGGCGCGCGCGCGCGACAGCUUGGUAGUCGAGGUCGAAGCCCGUUUUACGGUUCUGUAG